CAGAGCACGCAUAGCGCUGCAUAGCGCAUGCCGCGUUGUUGAGCAGAUCCGUUCAUCACAGUGUUCACACGCCGUCGUGUCAGCCAUCUGGUACGUUUGUGUCCACGUCGCCGUCACCGUUAUCGUCGUCGUUGUCAUCGUCACUGUUUCCAUACAUCGCUCUUCGUGGAUACGCGCAUAGAGUGUCGUACGGUCGUCAUCACACUCCUUGUCCCCGUGAACAACAUCGCGCGCCGCCGCCGCUGCCGCCGCCGCAACCACCUCCACCAUGGAUCACGUUAGCCUGCUGCUGCAGCAUUCGCAAUACGCGUACGCGAUCCCCGUGGGUAUUGUACUGAUUUGCGCCAUUCUCGUCUUCGUCUUCGGCUUCAAGAAGGCUGAGCAGCCGCCGUUUGCGCAGCUCUCCUCGGGCUCCGACGCGGACCGAAAGCUUGCCAGAAAGCGCGGCAAGGUCCGUGAGAAGAAAGCUGUUAAUGGACAAGUUGCAUCUGAAAAAACAAGUCCAGCAAAGAAGACAUUAGUAACGAAAGUGGAAGUUCCCAAGAAGGCUACUAAGGGAGAUGAUGUUGAUGGUAAAUUAAAAGAGCGUAAACAAGAAGACAACAAAAUUGUUGCUACUAAGAAAGAGAAAGAACAGCUCUCGACUAAGGCUGGCAAGGAGAACAAAGUGGAGCAGGUGAAGAAUAAGAAGAAUUUGAAGAACUUGUUCCAGGAAAAACCCAUAGACUUUGAUGAUGGAGAUUGGGAGCAAGCUUAUUCGCGCAAGGACAAGAAAAACAAGAAAAAGGAGGAGGAAUCUCCAUCAAAGAAAAAUAAAAAGACAUCUAAAAAGACUGAUUUAAUAAACGAGGCUAAGCAGAAGGAACAAGAGAAGCCUGAAGUCAAGGAUAAAACCGCUAAGGAAACCGAAAAUAAAGAGCUCAAGGAGAAAGAGAAGAAGGAAGUAAUGCUUACAUCUAUCUCCGAGGAGAUAGGUAAAGUCAAGGAAUCGCAGAACGAGGAGCAAGACAAGGUUGAAAAAAUCGAAAAGGAAGAGAAAAAAUCUGGAAAAUCAAAGAAGACUAAGAAAACUGAAGGCGAGAUUACACCUGCUUCGGUACCGUCUACACCAAAGACCGAUAACAAACCUAUUUCGGAGGAACAGCAAAAGAAGCCUGUCAGUGCAGAAAAAGUAGCCACCAAUGUGGAAGAAAAUAAAAUGAUAGAAAAUAAUGAGAAAAUCGCUGUGUUCGACGAGCUAGGAGACGUCUGGACAGAAGCAAAAUCACAGAAAAAGAGUAAAAAAAAGGCUCGUAAAGAUAACUGAGAAUGAUUACGCGUAACGCUAAUGAUAAUGCUUCUUGCGAAAGGGAAUAGAAAGAGUGAGAAUUCCGUUCAGUCCAAAGGGUGUUUGUCGCUCACGACAAAUCAGGUGUGUUUCAAGUGAUUUGCUAAUCGCCACCUAACCAAAUCGUUCCUUUUUUCCUUUGUACAUAAUACCAAUCGAAUUUAAGUUCAAUUAUGAUUUUUUUAGUUAUAAUCUCAAGAGAUCAAUCGCUAGCUCAAUCGCUAAAGAUUGAAAGAACACCGUAUAGCAUGAUGAUUUUUGUAUUUUUUUUUUUUUUUUUUUUUUCAUUUGUAAUCUGCAAUAUCUUGCAUUUAAUAGAAGUGGCAUAAGUCAUUGUUUUCACAUUUACUAGGCAAUUGCUUUAGGUUUCUUAGAUACAUUUGCAUGUGUCUGUAAUAGGAUAUUUCAUUUGUAAUUAUAACUAUAUAUAAUAGAUAUAUAUAGUGGUAUAAUUUUAUAUACAUAUAUAUAAAAUAUAGUGGAUUUGUAUCAUAAAAUGUUUUGUAAUGGUUAUAAAUGAUACUUAUGCCAUUUAUAUUUUACGUUUUUAUGAAUUAAUAAUCUUAUUGAGAAUAUUUUGUAUAACUAUACUAUUUUUACGUUAAGAACAACAAUUCUGCGCGCAUUAUAUCUCGCUGUUACUUAAACGUCGAUUCUUCUGAUUGACCUCUCAUAUUACAUUAUACAUGUAUGAACGGCAAGCAUAGGCUGCGUUCGCAGAGCGUGCUAUUAGCACUAUUUUGUUAGAGUCACUUCAAUAGAAUUAUUGAGGUGACUAUAUUCUGGCAUUCUAUUUUUAUCAGUUAUUAGAUGUAAAGGAUAAAAUAAAGAUAAAAUAACGCAGUAGCGCUGAUAGCAUGCUCCGUGCAUGCUAUCCAUAGAAAAGGUAAACAUAGAAAGUAUGUCUCACGGUAAAUUCAUAAUGCAGGACAAUCUUUGGAAGCGAUAAGCUUAUAUUGCUGAUGUACGGAAUAGGUAUUUUAAUGAAAUCAUAUUUUUCUACAUGAUUAGUCGCGCUUAUUGAGUGAUUAUUUUCCUCUUUAAUACUUAAAUACUUGAAGAUCUAUCUUGUAAUAAUUAGUGCAGUUUCAUUUAAGUGUAUCAGUAAUAUAAGUUUUUUGAAAGGAUAUAGAUAACAUUACAUAAAUUCGUGGCAGUGUAAGUCAUACCAAUGUGAUAAUGAUUAUGAUUAAUUUGAGUAGAAUUUGAUUUAUAUUUUAUACAUUACGUGCGACGAAAUAUGUACAAUAUACGUGUUGAAAUUGAAAGACAAAAUUCAUGUUGAUGAUAUAUCUUACAGUAAGUAACAGAUAAUGAUUGACGGAUAAUUAUUUAAUACUGUUGUACUUCAUGUCAACGAAAAUUUAAUUAUAACUUCAAGUAUACUGAGAUGAAAACUGAUAAUUUGAUUACAUUUUUCAAUUUGUUUAAAUUUCUUAACUUCAUAAAUAUUUAUAUAUUUAAUUCUAUAUAGCUCGCCACUAUUCUUUUUGGUUAAUUUCUUUGCCAUCUAUGGAUCUAUGGAUCCUGUAAUUUUGUCAUGCUACAUAUCUGAACAGAAAGCAUAUUAUUUAGUUCAUAAUACGUGAAAUUGAUAUUUCAGAGUCAAAUAAAGACGAUAAACGAGACCCAAAUAAAAAAUAUUUUAAACAUAAGAUUAGCAGGCCUAUGUCAAUCACAGUUGUUAUUAGUGCAAAAUAAUAAUGUUUUAAUUUUAUUCUCAAGUAACUACAAUUGUUUAAAGAAAUUGUAUUGCAAAAAUUUAUAAAAAAUGAGCAUGUAAGUAUUGAAUAAAAAAUCUUAAAUUUUUAAAUUUUAACUUAAACAAAAAAUCAGAUUUUUUAGUGGACUUUUUGAAUUAACAAAUAAAUAGUACGAUAUAAAUUGUUAAAAAAAAUUGAAUUAUUUGAAGUAUUGAAAAUCGACAUAUUUGAACAAUUGAUUUUAAUAAUGAGCAAAAUUUUAUUAUUUGAAUAAUAUAAAAUGGCGAAUAAAAGGUUAUAAUAAACAAAAAUAAUUAAUGUUAACGAUGUUCUUUAUUUUUGUGCAAGAUAUAAAUUUUUGAAGGAUCAGAACAUAUAUGUUCCACCAGAUACGAAACGGUUAAAUAUAUAAAUACUUAAAUUGAAAACAUUUAAUCAAGUUGAAAAAUUCAAUCAAAUUAACAAUUUUUUUUUAUCAGCGUAGAAGAAAAUUUAUUCGAGAAAAACGAAAAAAAGUGACUCGAUAUUUUUGCAUAAGGGUUUGUAUCUAUACAUAUACUGUUAAGUAUAACGUUACGAAGGAAUAUAGAUUUCUUGUUGAAUACUUUGAAAAGUGAAAAAUAGAUUUUUUUUUAUCUUACGUCACGAUAAUUAACAAAUUUUACUUGCAAACAAUGGUUAGAACUAGCAUAUUGCUUUAAGCAUUUUUUAUGAUGUUUUUAUCUUAAUUACAAUUAAGAUAAAAACAUCAUAAAAAAUGUUUAAUUAUAAUUAAGAUAAAAACAUCAUAAAAAAUGCUUAAAAUAACAGAACACACAGAAAAUAUUAUUAUGAUAUGAUACUUUUACAAUUAUAUAAUAAUUAUGCAUAAAUCUCAUAACCUUGCAAGUUCUGUCAAAAAAGAGUGAAGAUAAAAAAGCAAACAAGAAUAAAUAAAACGAUGUUUUUAUAGAUUUUUUUACAUAAUGGAAUUUUUGUUAUGUCAAAUAUUAUCUUAUAAUUUUUCUUAAACAUUUAUCGUCAUGCGAAUAAUGAAUAGUAAUCGAGAUGAUCAAAUAUACAUCAAAACUAUCAUUUAUGAACAAAAUCGUUUAUUUUUCAUGCCAUACAGGAAGAAAAAUAGAUUGUUUUCUUAAUCAUCUUAGUAAUCUGCAAACAGAUUCUAUUGCAUAUACUUUAUUAAUAUUUGUCAGAGUAUGUUAUCAAUAACUUUUCUAUCGCUAUUGGGUGUGCUAAUGCUAAGCUUUAACGCUGUACAAGAAUGUUGAACAUGGGAGAUAUCAAUUCAGAGAUUUCUCUCGGAGAAUGCCCUAACUUAUAUUUUAUCAGAAACAGAGACAAAGAAAGGAUGAAUAUAUGUAUGUAUGUGCAUAUAUAUAUAUAUAUAUAUAUAUAUAUAUAUAUAUAUACAUACACACACAUAUGUAUGUUUAUGUAUAUGUAUGUACGUGUAUAACUGUUGUUGUAUGUAACAUUUUUAUUCUAAACAAUUUAAAUUUAAGAGUUAUCUGUUAAAAAUUGCGUAAAAUUAUUGCAUUGAUAAUUUUAAAAGUGGGAGAGCGUGGAGUGAAAGAGGGAGAGAGUGAGACGACUUGAGAUGUAUGACAAUAUUGUGAUAAGAAUAUUAUACCUAAGUAUCGCUUGAAUGUUGCAGACACUGAAAUCACUCGUAGCUUUUAUGUGUAGAACGGAAUCUUGGGGAAAAAUACCUCUAUCCUGUUUGAAUAGCCAUUCAUAUUUUGUAUACUGUACAUUAAUAUAAUAUAUUCUUAUAAGUACACGCAUAUGAGAUCAUCGUGUAAGGUUCUUAGCGUUAUUUUAGUAAAAGAGGUCCACAUUAUAGGAUCGUCGCGUGGAGUUUAAAGAGGAAAGGCAGGAAAGAGUGUAUAAUAAUUUAUAGAAUACAUUGAGCGAGCUUGAAUUACAACCAGCGAGAACUGUAUUACGUACAUCGUAUCACAAAGAUAUCAAGUAUUUCGUGUUGACUGUCCCGUGCCAAAAAUAAGCAUUGUUUCUCUUCUAAAUCACAUUCAAGGCUGAAUUUCGUACAAUAAUUCAUGGAUAUCGAAGGAAAUUUAGCUAUUUACGGCUACUCUGUACGUUCAGAUCUUUUAUUGGUCGAUAGUCGCAAGAUUGCUUGAAAAACCCCGCCCUAAUUGUAUUAGAAAAUUAUUAGAUCCCGGUAAAAUAAAUUGGUUCUCACAAGCCUAGACAUAUUCUUGAAUAUGUUCGAAACAUGUGUCUCAGUCACUCCUAUUGUUUUCAAUUGAUUUGAGAAAAAAUGGUUGUUAAUAUAGAAAAUAUUUUGAUAGUUCUAUUUUUCUGAGCAACGUCUAUGAUCGAUGACAUAGACGUGGUAAGGGAACAUUUUUGGAGAUCAGUGCUUCGAUUAAGUUCGUGUAUACUCUUCUAAUAUAUUUGAUUUUAUAUCAGUAUACAUAUGUCGAUUCAUUCCAAGUAUUUUAUACAUUUAAGUUAAAUAUGCGAGAAAAUUUAAUUAAGUUUCAAAUUUAGUCAACAACUUUAAUUAAAUAUAUAAAUACUUAAACUGAGGAAUUUAAUUAAGAGGAAAGGUUUAGUCAAGUUAAUAAUUUUUUAUCAGCAUGUAUGCACUCAUGUAAAAUUAAAUAUAUUAGAAGAGUAUUCACGAGUUUAAUCGAAGCACAAAUUAACAACUUUUUUUCUUUGUGUGUAGAAUAAGAGUGGAGCUAAUUGUAAACAAAUAUAAAAUAACAUCAGUUGGAUAAUGUUAUACAUCAUAGAAUGAGUUUUACAUAUUUGAUAGAUUACAGCUCAAAAGCUUAUGAGAGAGAACUUGAUAACCGUAACAUCUUUCGUUCACUCGAUCAUAAGCUGCAUAGUUGUGAAAAUCAAUUCCAAUAUUUACCGGAAUCCAAUUAAUGCGGUCUUUCUCUUAUCGUGCGUAUCGCUUGACUCUAAUUAGUAAUUAAUGAUUGAGUAACCAACUGAAUAGUUAAGUUAAUUUACAUAGUAGAACUAAGUUUUCUUCAAAACCACGCGCUAUUAGAUUAUUAUUAGAUUAUUUUUCCAGUUUGUGUGCAGCUGAAUGUAUUUAUAUCAUGAUUUCGUGUAUCGUAGAGAGCUGAAGCGAGAGAUGAAGAUAUUACUAACAGUAUCGAUUUGUAUUCCAGUGUGAGAACAUCAAAUUAUUCGAUACUUUAACGAGAAUUGUAAAUCGCAACUAGAGAUGUACAAAUUACGAUUUUUUGGUGCCGAAUCGAAUCGAAUCAUUGAUAACUUUUAAUUAAUAACAUAAUUUAUUAUUAGUUUGAAUAUUAUAUAAAGAUAAUAACAAAAGAAUAUUAUGUUAUAAGAAAAAUAAUAUUAAUUAUAUGAAAUAAAGUCACUUUAAAUAUAAUUUUAUAAGAUUGUCAAUAUAUGCGAUUCGAAUCUCUUGGAUUUGAAAUUUUCGAAUAAUUUGGAUUCGAAUCAUAGAGAUUUAAAUUCGAAUCGAAUCGUAUCUGAUUCGAUUAAAUUCAAUUUGAACAGUUCGUACAUUUGUUAUUGCAGUUCGCUUUGUCGCUUGCUUGUAACUAUACAAUCUAAAUAUAUGAUAAGAAGUAUAAAUUUAACAGUUGUGGAAAAGUAAUAGUGUAUUUGUGAAACUUGAAGAGUGAUUUAAUACUGUUCACAAUGAUCCAACCAAUUAGUUUAACGGAAGAGUUAACGAAAUAUUUACACUCGCGCAGAGAGAACAAGUGGACUCUAAAGGGAUGGCUUUCGAGUCGCGAGAAGGAAGUUAGCAUAUUUUUCUAAGCGUAGAUAGAGAUUUGAGCGAAGAGAGCACUCUCACGUGUAAGAUACGACAAAGAUUUUCAAAUAUUGUAUAUAUUUAAGUUAAAUAUUAAAUGUAUUUAAUUUAAAUACAUACAACACUUGAAUUUGAGUUCAAUUUUAUAUACAUGUUUCACUUAAAUACAUAAAUUUAAUUUUAAUUCAAUUUUUAUUUACAUGUUUAACUUAAAUACAUAAAUACUUGAACUGAAGGAAUUUAAUCAAGUUGAACAAUUUAGUCAAGUUACUCUUUUUUCAGUGCAACCGAUUAUUUUAUAGUAUGAGGAUUGAUUAAAUAAAUAUAGGGUAGGUGAACUGAUUAUAAAAUCGAGAAAGUAUUAUAUUGCCACUGUACAUAUGUAUAUUAACAAGCAACGUUCUUAUUAAAUGGAUGUGUGCAAUGACGUCGUACGGUUCAACUGCGGAUUCUGUGGCGAUGGAAAAAUUCAGAUUUUUCAGAAGAAUGAAUCGGAGCGUCCGACAAUAAGUGUAUGAUCUAUUUAAUUUGAAAAUGACACGAGUUUAAUUUUGCGACACAAUGGAUAUGAACAUGCCGGAAGCAUCAGAGAUGUACAAUUGCAAAGUUUUGUAAGAGAGAUUCUCGAAUUUAAUUCGUUUCAUUUUCAAAAUGGACACAGCACGAUAUACGGUAUUGGCCAAAAGUAUAUCACCUUCAGUUUUUUUGAGAGUAACUUAAUUUAAAGUGCACACAUUUUUAUCAAAUUACAACGUGUUUUGUUAGUAAAUUAUAAUAUGUUUUGUAGAUUGUCAUCAUGCAUCAUGUACAAGGUGCAUCUGCUACUAUGUGUCUGUAACAUUUUGAAGGCAUUCGAUUUACUUCGAGGAAAGUUAUGAUCAAAAAAUCUAAAGGUGACAUACUUUCGGCCGAUACUGUAUGUUCGAUUAUCAAAAUAUAUGCAAUGCUUUACCGUGGAAUUAUCGGUUAAUAAUCUUUCGAUAUAGUUUAGCAUUCCGCACAUGUACCUUGCGAAUUUGUGCAUUGACGUAACGACGCAAUUACGAUGGCCUAUUUUGGACUGGUGACUCGAUGUAUUAUAGUUACAGUUUCGCAACUAUGACACUCAUAAGUACUCUGAUCGCAUUCGAAGUAUCGAUUGUAAUAUAAGGAUAAGAAGAGAGAAAAAACUCUAAAUAAAAACCGCGACACGUUGGUGUCGAAUUUAUAUUAUAUAUAUUUAACAAAGUUAUGCGUAUAAUUUAUUUUACUCACCAAAAGGUUGUUGCAAAUAUGAUGGCGUGUAAUAAAUUUAUUUGAAAAAA